AUGGAGCUUGAACUGGGAACUCUAUAUGAUGAUGGGAAUCAAUUCAAGAAGGCGAUGAUAAAUUAUGCGGUCUACACAAAGAGAAACAUUCACUAUGUGAAAAAUGAACCAAAGAGAGUUUCAGUUGCAUGUGUAAAGUCAUGCCCAUUUCAAGCUACUGGUUCAUGGGAUGAAAGUCUAAAAUGCUUCCAGCUGAAAACACUAACUGCAGUACACAAAUGUAAUCUAAAAUACAGCUUGGCAAUUGUGAACCAAAAGUGGAUUGAAGAUAGGUAUGAGGAUAAGGUAAGAGAUAACCCUACUAUUGGACCAGUAGAAUUGAAAAAGCACAUCAAAUCAGAAUUGAAACUCAAUGUGGGCAUAUGCAUGGUGAGAAGAGCAGUGAGGGCCAUACUAAAGAAAAUAAAUGCUGGUUUUCAGGAUCAAUUUCGCAGAAUCCGGGAUUAUGCUGCUGAAUGGUUUUUAGAAGGGUGUAGGAAAGUGAUUGGGCUGGAUGGGUGCUUUCUAAAAGGACUUUUGAAAGGUGAAAUCUUAAGUGCAGUUGGUAGAAAUUCUAACAACCAAAUGUACCCAAUAGCAUGGGCAGUCGUAGAGAUAGAGAACACUGAUUCUUGGCGGUGGUUUCUAGGGUUAUUGAAAACAGAUUUGGGCAACACCAAUACUUAUCCAUGGACAAUAAUCAGUGAUCAACAAAAGGGUUUAACACAUGUGAUUCAAGAGUUGUUUCCUGACUCCGAGCACCGUAAUUGUGCAAGGCAUGUGCAUGCUAAUUGGAGUAAGCUACAUCGAGGGAAAGUGUUGAAGAAACACUUUUGGAUGUGUGCCAAGGCUACAACUGAAUCUCAAUUCCAGGAACAACUUAAGUUUUUAGAAAAGAUGGACCGUACUGCAAAAGCUGACUUAGAAAGGUACCCUCCAAGGUUGUGGUGCAAGGCUUUCUUUAGGACAUUUGUUAAGUGUGAUGCUGUAGAUAACAAUUUGAGUGAGGCUUUUAAUGGCACUUUGGUGAAAGCAUGA